UUUAUUAGAUUUUUGAAUAACUUUAUAAGCAAUGGACAACGAAAUUGAAAUGAAAAGUAGUCUCUUCCCCAAGAAGCAUAUAAACAGUUCUCAAGUGGCUAAGCAAGCCAAUGAUCUAAAUAAAAGUAUCACAAAUAAAGUGGACACGCCAGUAGAGGGGUACUCUUGAUUAUCCUCUGGAGCUUUUAUCCCAUCUGCGAUUUCUUUAGUUUCUGCCACUUUAGGUGCUGGAACUGUCACACUUCCAUUCUUGGCGUACGAAAAUGGGAUAGUUCUGUCCUCAAUUUUGGUAAUCAUUGGAGCAAGUAUUUCAUACUUCUGUGGGAUGCUACUAGUCAGAUGAGCUAUAAUUGUAAAAGCUGAGAGAUAUGAAGACUUUGCAGAAUACUGAUUCGGGAAGAAAGCAAUUAACCCAACUUCUUGGUGUAAUGUGCUUACCUUAUUAGGCUUUGUCAUCUCUUACAUUGUGUUUGUAAAGACACUUAUCCCACAUAUUUUUAGAAUCUGAUUCCCUAAUACGAUAGAAGAAGAAAAUAGUGCGAAUCAAUGGCUUUAUGAACUAUUUUCAGCUACAUUUUAUUCAUUUUGAGUACUUCUGCCUCUUGGAUUUGCGAGAGAAAUUGGCACUUUAAGAUACAACAGUAUUUUCGGAGUGUUUUGAACUCUUUAUUUGACAGCAAUGAUGAUUUCAAUGUUCUUCCUAGAUCAUUCUUUAGUCCCCCAUAGACUUGAGAACAUCAAGCAAGCUAAAUUAUGGGAUAUUAGCUAUACAGGUAUGAUGAAUUCAAUUCCUUUCGUGGUAUUUGCCUUUUUAUAUCAACCGAAUAUGCCGAUGGUUUACAGAGAACUCAAAAAGCAGAGCUAUUCACAAACAAUGCUAGUGACCAUUGCAGCAUCUAUAUUCUCAGUAGCAGUCUACAUUUUGGUCAGCUCCUUUGGUUAUCUUUGCACUAUCGAUGAAGGAAAAGCUGUAAACAUUCUACUGCUCAAAAUAAAUAACUUCUCUUUCCAAAUUGGCAUAUUUCUAUUCUUUUUCGUAAUUUGAGGGUCUGCACCAAUGGCUCUAGUACCAGCCAAAGACACUCUGGAGCAUAUUUUAAAAGGCUCUGGAGAAAGGCUCUCUCAGAAAGAAAAUAUUAUUGUGACAGUAAUCAUGGUAGUACUUUGAUAUCUCUGAGCAGUGGCUGUCCCAGGUAUCACAGAAGCAAUUACAAUCCUAGGAUGCACAACUAACCCCCUCUCUGGCUUUCUUUUGCCAAUAGUUUUCUACCUCAAAAUCGACAAAGAUGCUCCAAAAUGGAAGGUGAUUUGCUGAUAUUUAAUAUUUUGCUUCAUAAUCUGUGUCAGCAUCCAGUCAUUCUAUCUAUUCAUAACUGAAGAUUAACAAUUGAGACUGAUCACGCUCAAGAGAGGUUGAAUUGAGACACUAAAAUUUGCUAGAAUCUAUACUAUUAGUUACAAAC